ACAGUCUUCCAUUUGGGAUAGGAGUCAAAAAACUUUCUGUUUUUCUGCUUCAAAUUUUUUAACAUUUCUUCUACAUAUUCAUCACCAGAUUUCCCCCUCGUUCGUUCCCUGAAACUUGGUCUAUCAGAUGAAAACGACAUAAUCACGAAUAGAAUUAACUUGAAAAUUAGGUUACACUAAAAAAACACUAAUCCGUAAUGAUAUCAAUGUAAAGAACGUUCUAGAGAAAUGUGAUAUUUCGCCAAUGAUAAGGCUGCUUUUUGAAUGAACACUGUCAGGAAUGAACCAAUCAGUUAUCAGCUUCUAGACUGGAAUUGGAGUAUAGUGAAGUUUAAUAUGGCCAACAACGGUGCCCCUGAUUCAUGGGAGCAGCAAGCUGACGUUGGGACAGGAGAUAACUCAGAAUCUAAAGACAUGUCUGCUAAAUUUUCCACGUUGAAUGUCAAUGCAGCAGAAUUUGUGCCUUCUUUUUCAUACAACCCAUCUUCUGAAGAGACAGUUGUCAAAAGCGAAGCUCAAGACAAUGUUGAAUCCCCCGUGACAAACGGUGUGGAAGAUUGUAUUCCUGCUGGUGAUGACACAUCACCAGGGGAUGUUAUUGGAACUGCUUCAUUGAGCGAUGACUUACCGCAGUCAGAGCUUCAAGCUAAUGAUGCAGAAGAUGAAACUGAAACAUCUUCUCCUAGUUCACCUCCGCCACCUCCUCAAGGUGGAGAAGAGAGUGGCGGAGGAGAAACACCACCUCCAGUAGACUCAUGGGAGGCUGCUGCACUUGAUUCUGACCCUCCAUCUGGUGCUUCAGGAGUUGGCGAAGAAGAUGAUGAAAUAAUAGAGGCCAAGCCUAAAAAAAAACCACCGAGACCUGAAGAAACUCGUUCGAAAAAGGAGCAUGUUAAUGUUGUUAUCAUCGGCCAUGUUGAUGCUGGCAAGUCCACUAUUGGCGGUCAAAUUAUGGCUCUUACUGGUAUGGUAGAUAAAAGGACUUUGGAAAAAUAUGAGAGAGAAGCUAAGGAAAGGAGUAGAGAAUCGUGGUACCUUUCUUGGGCCCUUGAUACUAAUCAAGAAGAACGUGAAAAAGGAAAAACUGUAGAAGUUGGUAGAGCUUAUUUUGAAACAGACAAGAAACAUUUUACUAUACUUGAUGCUCCUGGUCACAAAAGUUUUGUGCCUAACAUGAUUGGUGGUGCUGCACAAGCAGAUCUUGCUGUUUUAGUUAUAUCUGCUAGAAAAGGAGAAUUUGAGACUGGUUUUGACCGUGGAGGUCAAACAAGGGAACAUGCUAUGUUAGCCAAAACCGCUGGUGUGAAACAUAUGGUUGUCCUUAUUAAUAAAAUGGAUGAUCCAACAGUUUUAUGGUCUGAAGAAAGGUAUAUAGAAUGUAGAGAUAAAAUACUUCCUUAUCUCAAAAAACUUGGUUUCAAUCCAGCCAAAGACCUAACCUUUAUGCCUGUGUCCGGACUCACAGGACUUGGAUUGAAGGACGCGCUAGACCCUAAAACCUGCCCAUGGUACAGAGGAGAACCUUUUAUAACCUUUAUAGACAAUUUGCCAUCCUUGAAUCGUAAAAUGGAUGGUCCAUUCCUUAUGCCUGUUGUAGAAAAAUAUAAAGAUAUGGGUACCGUGGUCAUGGGAAAGGUUGAAAGUGGAGAAAUGAAGAAAGGCCAAUCUUUGAUCAUCAUGCCUAACAGAACACCUGUUGUCGUGGAUCAGCUCUGGUCUGAUGAUGAAGAAGUAACUUCUGUAGGCCCUGGUGAAAAUAUUAAAGCGAAACUGAAAGGUGUGGAAGAAGAAGAUGUUUCUCCAGGAUUCGUGCUCUGUGAUCCCAGCUCCCCUGCUCGGACUGGACGUGUUUUUGAUGCUCAGGUUGUAAUCCUUGAGCACAAAAGUAUCAUAUGUGCUGGUUAUUCAGCUGUAAUGCAUAUCCAUUGCGUCGCUGAAGAAGUAACUGUUAAAGCCUUGAUUUGUCUGAUAGAUAAAAAGACCGGUGAAAAAACAAGAUCACGACCCCGUUUUGUUAAGCAGGACCAAGUUGCCAUCAUGAGGAUAGAAUGUGCCGGCGUUAUUUGUAUGGAGCAAUUCAAACUUUUUCCACAAAUGGGAAGGUUUACACUCAGGGAUGAAGGUAAAACCAUUGCUAUUGGAAAAGUUCUGAAAAUAAUUGAAUAAAGUCUCAAGAGCUGUUACAAGGUGGAUUGACAAGAAGAAAUAUUUUCAAAGACUCGUUACUAUUUAUUUUGUUCAGUUUUUUUUUUUUUUUAUUGAAAUUCUUUUUGUUUUUGGGUAUUGGAUAUAUUAUUAUUGAUAGCGAACUACCCUUUAAUAAUAGUACUUGUAAACUAUAUAAUUGUUUAUAUCACAUUAAUUUGUAUCUUUCAAAAUGUCUUUUCUUAGAACUUGUUCAUUAUAUAGGUACAUUAUUUCCUAUAAAUUAAUAAAAUUAAUUUAUUUUUUAUCAUUAUUGAAGUGAUUGUUAGGAAAGUCAAAAUUUUUUAUAAAAUAUUUAUAUUGAUGGAUUUAUUUCAUUGGUCGCAAAAUAAAUAUGUAUAUAUAAAUAUAUUAUUGUAAGGCUUAAACAUUUUAAGUUAAUAUAACCAUUGUACAUUAAAUUCUAGCCUAAUUCAUCUGUCAUAUUUUACCCUGAAGUAAUUUAUAGAGGUUGUUUGUAUUUAUUUUUUUUAUCAUGGAAAAAAAAACUGGUAAAUAUUUUUACAUGCAUACAUAAGCAUGUAUAUUAAGAUUUGGGCCUUUGAUUACUGUAAAAAGUCAUUUAGUUUUCUUGUUAUUAUAUAUAUUGUAUGUCUUUUACAUUUAACUACAAUACAAAUACCUGGUGCCUUGUUUUAGCUUUAUAACAAUUAAGAUUUUUUUUUUUACCUUAUAUUUUUGAAUACAUAUAUUGUUUUAUUUCAGUAAUAUAAUUAUAUUAAUAUUGUGACAAUUCUAUUCCAGCUAUAUAUUUUUUUUUUCAUUAUUAAAUCUUAGACUUCCGUUUAUGUUAUCAAUUGUUUACAUUAUUUAUUAUUGUUUCUUUUAUGAAAUUGCUGUUUUCUUCACCAUUUUUCUUUUUUUUU